GCUAAACAACUGAUGAGAGCUCCGGGGAUAGAUGGUGGUGUUACGGAUACCGCCGACAUCGUUCUAGCUGCUAGGUCGAAGAGCAGACGGUAUGGCUGCAGACCUUCAAUCAAAAUACACCAAACUGGCUCAGGAGUACUCAAAGCUCCGAGCGCAGAACCAAGUCCUGAAGAAAGCAGUGGUGGACGAACAGGCCACAUCCGCCUCAGUGAAGGAUGAGUUGAAGCAGCGUGAGCAGAGCCUGAGGAAAGUGGAACAGGAGAUGGACAGUCUGAGCUUCAGGAACCAGCAGCUGGCCAAACGUGUGGAGCUGCUGCAGGAGGAGCUGCAGACAUCCGAGGCCAAGGGCAAGAAGAGCAAGAGUAAAGGAGAUUCCCCCUCCCAGCCCAACCUGCAGACCCAAAUUGUGUUUGAUGAAGACCUGCAGAAGAAGAUUGAGGAGAAUGAAAGGCUCCACAUUCAGUUCUACGAGGCGGACGAGCAGCACCGUAAGCAGGAGGCCCAGCUGAGGACCCGGCUGGAGCAGCUGGAGAAGGACUCAGAGCAGCACCAGGCUGUGGUGGAGGGGCUCACCACACGAUACAUGGAGACCAUUGAGAAACUACAGGGAGACAAGGCUCGACUAGAGGUGAAGGCACAAACAUUGGAACACGAGGCCAAGGACUGCCGGAUACGAACAGAGGAGUGUCAGCAGCAGUUGAGGAAGUACCAGACGGAGCUGAACCGUCAGCUGAAACAAAGCAGCAGUGUCAUCCAGGAGAAAGUGCCCUUCAACGACACCAAAUUCGGAGACUAUAACAGCUUGAAUGUCCCCCCACACAACAGGAGACACCAGCUGAAGGCGCGGGACGUGGUGGGACAGGCCCUGGGCUUCAUCCAGGACCUGGUGGCGGCGCUGCUGAACUUCCACACCUACACGGAGCAGAGGGUGCACAUCUACCCCCUCGACUCUUCCAUAGAGCCCAUCUCGCCCCUCAACCAAAAGUUUGCCCAGUACCUGCAUGAGAAUGCUGCCUAUGUGCGCCCACUGGAAGAAGGCCUUGUGCAGCUGCACCAAAGCAUCACAGAGGACACAGUCACCAUGCUGGAGACGGUUGACAAGCUACAGGACUUCUCCAGGCAUGUCUGCACAUACACCCAGUUCCUGAAGAAGAUCCUGCCCUACCAACUCAAAAGCCUUGAGGAGGAGUGUGAAGCUCCUCUGUGUAGCGCCUCCCUCACCACUAAGAACCAGGAGCUGCAGAGGGACAUGAAGAAGGUCACCUCCAUCUUUGAGAAGAUGCAGACCUACAUCAGCCUGCUGGCUUUACCUAGUGUGCGGGAGGACGCCAUGCCUCAGACCAGUGCCAGUGCUGUCUUCACCCAGAUGGCUGCCUGCCUGCACAGCCUUCAUGACGCCAUUAAAGAGAUGUCUAAGCACUACAGCCAGAAGGCCACCCUGGAGCAGGAGCUGCCCACCGUUACCCAGAAGCUGCGCACCACCAACGAGUGCCUACUGUCAUCUAUGGGCUCUCUUACCAACAGCACACACAAGAUGGCGACCUUCUUCAGCAACAACUUGGACUUCUUCACCUCGUCCACGGGCUACGCUCCCCGCGGCGGCUCCGAGACACUCAACCCACUGCAGGCAGAGAGCAUGCUGGGUAACAAGAGACAGGCGUCCGCCUACAUGCAGGCCGUCAGGAAGGCCAGGCCAGAGUCUGUUCCCCACACUGAGGCCUUGACCAACCGGCGCGUCCUCACCAGCUCCACCGAGAGUAGAGAGGGCCUCACGCAACAGGUGCUGCAGUCUCAGGAGAAGAUAGCUCGUCUGGAGCAGGAGAAGGAGCACUGGCUGCUGGAGGCUCAGCUGGGCCGCGUGCGCCUGGAGAAGGAGACGCAACGAAUCACAGAGCUUGAAGCCCAGCUGUCCACAGCGCUUGGGGGCGGGGCCGUCGCCGUACAGGCCGCCUCCCCCUGCUCCGCACCGGAGACCACCCAGGAGACGGAGGAGAAGGCAGCCGGCAAAGACAGGACGGAGAGCACCAGCCUGGUCGGCGUGCUCAUCACCACAACUGGCACUGAGGAUGUGAGUGAAGAAGAGUCUCGUGAGCACCUGAUCAAGGCGCACUACGUGUCCCGUGUGGCAGACCUCACCUCCCAGCUGCAGAUGGCCGACAGCAAAGCAGUACACUUCCAUGCUGAGUGCCGUGCCCUAGCCAAGCGCCUCACCAUCGCAGAGAAGUCCAGAGAGGCCAUGGCAGAGGAGCUAAAGGUGGCCAAUCAGAACAUCUCACGGCUGCAGGAUGAGCUGGCUACCACCAAGCGCAGCUAUGAGGAUCAGUUGAGCAUGAUGAGCGACCACCUGUGCAGCAUGAACGAGACCCUCAGCAAACAGAGAGAGGAGAUAGACACACUCAAACUGGGCAGUAAGGGAAACUCAAAGAAGAACAAGGGCCGGUAGUGGCUGACACGUGCAGCCUCCCCCAGCCCCCCACCCUCCCCCCGAACGGAAGCCAGAGAGCGGAGCAGGACUCAAACCCCCACCCCCAACCCCCUGGGCCUUCCAGCACUGACCUGCCAUCAACACACCACUACAGAGAAAGAGAGAGAAAAAAUGGAGAGCUUGAAAAAGAGAAGACCUGCAAUCACCGCACACACCCCAGAGAGAAAAGGCACGGAGGAGAAAGGGAGGAUGCUGCUCUAGUCUAGGCUCUACAGGAGACCUUUCAUUUCUUUUUUCUUUUUUUUUGUUCUUUUCCCCUUCCAUCUGAGUCAAUGUGUUUAUGAACUAAACUGACUGCAUGACGAUGUACGUCCAAAAUGUUGUUCACAUAGGCCGGGUGUAUGACUGACUGACAGAGCUUUGCUUCCUUUGUAGCGUACUAAGUAGUGGAUGAUUACACGUCUGAUUCGGCCUUUUACGCGUGUAUGAGCUGACUGGAUGUGUGCGCGAGUGAACUUGUGUGAGUGUGUGUGUGUGUGUGUGUGUGUGUGUGUGUGUGUGUGUGUGUGUGUGUGUGUGUGUGUGUGUGUGUGUGUGUGUGUGUGUGUGUGUGUGUGUGUGUGCGUGUGUGUGCGUGUGUGUGCGUGUGUGUGUGUGUGUGUGACUUAGCUGUGUCUCUGCAUGAGCUGAUGGUGCUGUAUGCCUGUAAGAGCUUACUGUACGUGUAUGAGCAGACUGUACUAUAUGUGUCUUUAUGAGUUGAAUUUGUGCGUGUAUGAAAAGUGCUUACUGUGUGUUGUGUGUGUACCACACACACACACAACACAUGCACAACGGCACCAGAGGGACACAGGAAGUGUGCGUCACCGCCCUGUGUGUGCGUGUGUGUGUGUGUGUGUGUGUGUGUGUGUGUGUGAAGAAAGUCUGACUGCAGUCAGUGUGUGUGUAUAUGGAUGUAUGUAUGCAUGUACAUGUGUGUCUGUAUGUCAAUAAGAGCGGAGUUGUCUGACAGCAGUGUGUGUACAAGUUGUGUCUGACUGUGUGUGUGUGCACAUAUCUCAAUCGUGUGUGUGUGUGUGUGUGUGUGUGUGUGUGUGUGUGUGUGUGUGUGUGUGUGUGUGUGUGUGUGUGUGUGUGUGUGUGUGUGUGUGUGUGUGUGUGUGUGUGUGUGAAAGUAAAUGAGGAAAGGAAAAAUAUAUUAAUUGUGUGUCCACACAUACUGAGGUGGGCUAAUUUCCUGGUGGGACACAGGGAGCCUCUGUCUUGGGGCAUUGGGUGUAUUGGCUUUUUUUUAAAUCAUGUGAGCUUGUGGCUUAGAGAAUUCAUGUAUUCAUUUCAACAGGAGGCAAGGGGGCCCUGCUUGAAGGACUGGUAGUUAACAGUUUUCUCUUUUUUUUGUAUUAAUGUACAACUUGUAUACAUUUUUAUAUGCCGAAGUAGUUGUAGAUGAGUGCAAAUAUGUACAAUGAUGAGUAUAAAUGUACCAAUAAUUUCACAACAAGUAGAAAAUCAAAACUGCCCUUGUCUGGUCUGUAUGUGUGUGUGGGAGACAGGAAGGUGACAUAUUUGGACACACACACACACACAUACACUCUCUCUCUCUCUCUCUCUCUCUCUCGCUCUCUCGCUCUCUCUCUCUCGCUCUCUCUAUCUCUCUGCCCUAGAGAUGUCUCUCCCGGUGUGUCUGGAAAAGAUGGUGAGGUCUCGGACGAGUUGUUUGCUCCCCAAACUUUUUUUGCGGACUAUUGGCCAGACGAGUCUAAAGGAAAUGAGGAGAAGCGAUGGGGCCCUUCUCAUGUCAAACACUUUUUGUGUGUCGUGCGUGGUGGUAUUGCUCCUAUGCAUACAGUGAUAUCCGCCAGCCAGGCCAGGCUAUGUAAAGAGAAUGAACAGUGUGAACCUACAGUAGGGAUCACCAAAUGGAUCAAAAAGGGUUGCGAUGAUGAUGACGAUGAUGAUACACAUCUUUGGAGGAAAAAAAAACAAACAAACAAAAAGAAUCAUGUUUAGUAAGUGAAUAUUGUUCGUGAGCGCAUUCUUUCAUGACAAAUGAAAAUGUAUGUAUGUAUGGGCUGCAUUAGAUGUGUCACUCAAACGCCUCUGAAUGUGACACAGGACCAGUGAACUUGUGUUUUCAUGUAGACAAGUUUAAUGUUUUGCACACACCUUCACUGUAAGGCCACGUCCGCAAUGUUCACUUGUUCACUUAGUAGUGUGCUUCGUAGGUUGUAAGGUGCAUAGUUUUACUCCAUAUGGAGUGCACGAUGACUGGAUUGGCCAUCUGGCAUACAGGGCAUUGGCUCGGUGGACUGUUUGUGACCUGGCCUUCCCCUCAAUGGUAUCAGUCCUCAUGCCACUACAGUGGACUUCAAGAAUGUGAGAUAUAAAUAAAGCAUUUUGGCUGUUGCAGUCAACAUGGCUCAUAUUCGAUUACUUUAAUGUUGUCAUAUGCUUCCUUGUCUCUCUGGAUACCUGGGGUGCAUCCCAAUAUGUGACCUUGCCUCCUCCACUUGUGCUUGUCUCCUCGUCCCGCCUCCUGGCCCCUCCUCCAUGGAGAAAACGAUAAAGUUUCCCAGCUGUCAGCCUCGCCACAACAACUUUUGAGGGACUCUUUUUCAUUCACCAUCCCAAUUGCAAAUGAGAAAAAGACUUUACAAUUGAGCUUUUGCAAGAUAUUGAAAUAUAAUGCUGUUGUCAGUGAUGUCAUCAUGACGAGAAGCAAGUGGAGGAGGCAAGUGGAGGAGGCAAGGUCACAUAUUGGGAUGCACCCCUGAUGGACUACUCUCCAUUGAAAAUGCCUGGACCAGUUUUUUUUUUUUUUUUUUAAUCCCAGGGCUGCCCUGGAGCGCACUAUGUUUUGAACAAGGAAACAUUUUGGACCAAACGUUAAGUGUGCACACAGAACUCGCAGUGAUGGUAGACAAUAUGGAAACUGACAUGUUGUUGCUGACUGGUUUUGCACGAUCCCUCCUGUAAUUGUCUGGCAUUUAAGGAUAGGAAACGCGUCCUAUUCUCUUUAUUUUACUGUUUUUUUUUUCCCUUUUCAUUUACUGUGUGGCUUUUCAAUGCUAAAUUGCGUGAUGGUGUGUUGGCAAACUCUACACAUUCAUUCACUCCCCACCCUCACCCCCUUUCAUUGGAAGAGCACUGAUAGUUUACACUUACAUGACAUAUGAGCGGCUUUGUUUACUUAACAAUUUCCAUCUUCCACAUUAACUUUGUGCACCCCAAUUAAGGGCACUAAAUGUUUACCACUGUGAGAAAUUAUAAUGUGAAUAGAUUGCCAACACACCCCCCGUUGGGAUCUGUGCAAAUGUAUGUCAUUCAAUUAAGAAUUUCCAAAAUAAAAGUGCUACUCAAAAGAGGAA